GAGCUUGGAAAAGUCAGAUCCUCCAAGCUCAAGGCAGAGGCGGGUGAGAAGCAGAAAGCACUGGAAGAGCGGGACAUGGCGGUCUUCCAGGAGGUUCUUCCGGAGGCUGUCAGCAAAGCCAACGCCGCGGAGGAUGCCGUGGAGAAGGCUGUGAUCACCUCAGAGAUGAUCACCGCGGGUGGCGAUGACAUGGAUGAAGUCCGACAGGCCGUGACUUCAACGGAGCAG